AUGAGUUUCUAUUCAAAUUUACCUACAUCCAGUUCAACUUCUACUUCAACUAGUACACCAAUCUCCAAGUUAUAUCCCACUGUUUUUGAAAUAUUUUCAUCUCAAGAGAUUGACGCUUUAUUACCUGAUUCAGUAAGGUAUAUUUUGACAAAUUAUUGGAUUGCAAGGCAUCCAACGAAAUUCACAUUAUCAGUAAAUAAUUAUUUCGAUGAAUGGUUUAACCUCAUCUUAAAAGGACUCGUCGAAUGGUAUCAUUUGAAACGUUUCAAUUCCACUUUCGUUGAUAAGUUCUAUGGAUUACAAAGAUUCAGUUCUGCCAACACGUUGGUAUUGAAUUCUAUCGUUUCACCUUCAACAUCGAAUUUUGCUUCAUCUUCAUGGCCUAUUGAAUUGCAAUUGACUAAGGUCCAAAGAUUAAUAAUACUAUUGCAAAAAAUUAUUAUUCCUUACUUGAAAAAUAAGUUGGAUGUUCUAUAUAAUAAAUAUCUAACAAGAUUAACAUUUAAUAAUAGCAAAGAUGAGAAUGACACGCCCACUUCUUUAAGAGUCAAGAAGAUUUUCAUUAAUGUAUAUCCUAUUUGGAAAAAAUGUUGGAAUUUAAUGGAUAUUAUUGUUAAAUUAUCAUUCCUAACAGGCAAAACUGGUUCCAUUUCUAUCAUGGAAUAUUUAUUUAAUAUACAAUAUACUAGAAUGACUCCACCGUUGCAGCAGCAACAACAACAGCUACGUGGCAAGGCAGCUUCCAUUUCUACAGACCCUGACGAGAGAAUACGGAAACUAAAUAAAUAUUCAUUCCUAAACGAAUCUUCGAAAAUUUUAUCAUCUUCAAAAAAUGCCUUAUCAUUCGUUGGGUCACAAAUGUUCCCAUCUUUCAUAUUCAUGCUAAGAGUCUACCAAUGGUGGACUACUGAAGAUUUAACAACUAAAUUACAAAAGAGAAUUGAUAAUCUUGAUGAAGUUAUUCCCAAACCUCCGAUUGCUAAUGAUAAAUCUAUUGAGACAACAAAUCAUUAUCAUGAUAAGGAAUGUCCGAUUUGUCAUUCAGAAAUCCAAAAUCCAUGCGUCAUCGAAACAGGUUAUGUUCUUUGUUAUCCAUGUGCGAUAAAAUACCUUACCGAAAACGAAGGAAAAUGUCCUAUCACCCAUAAGAAGGUAUUAGGUUGUCAAUUUGAUCCAAUAACAAACCAAUGGCAAGUUAAUAAUGGGAUCAGGAAAUUACUGAUAUAG